AUGACUAGUAGUGGGAAGGGAUGUGUGCAUAUAAGAUGUUGUUACAGUAACAAAUACUUUGUAAUGAAGUCGGCCAAUGACCCAUGGAUUGUUGCAGGGGCCGAUGAGCCAGAAGAAGACCGAUCCAAAUGGUCCUGUACCUUAUUCGAGCCGUUUUACGUAGAUAAUAAUGAUGGUAAUGAUGAUUCUCAAACAGUUCGAUUCCGUCACGUCCAGCUCGGCUGCUAUGCAUGCUUAUGGAGGGAAGCAACUCCACGUGAUUUAUGCUUAUGUGCAGGAUCACCAGAACCAGACAAAGAUCAGUGUGAUGUCUACACAAUCAUUGAUUCGGAAACACUGCUAGUUUUGCCACCGAAAGACGAAGCAUUUACAAUAGAGAACAUGACAUUACCAAGGUUUGCGGUGCUGAAAUCAAACUUCAAUGGCAAGUGCUUGCCCUACAUACAUGAUGAGGAGGUGCAUGGGUUUCUCCAAUUCUCUAGAGAGCAGGUUUCUAGUCAGUAUUCAAAGUACGAAUUGGAGAAGGCGAAUACUAGUAGUAAUGGGAAUGUACUUGUUCAUAUAAAAUGUUGUUACAACAAGAAGUACUUUGUAAGAUGGUCGCCCAGCCACUGGUGGAUUCUUGCCACUGCUGACGAACCAGAGGAAGACCAAUCCAAAUGGUCAUGCACUUUAUUUGAGCCCCGCCGAGUAAGUGAUUGUGACGCUGCUCAAACAAAAAUUGGAUCUGUUACUCAAACAAUUCGAUUGCGUCACGUCUAG